AUCUGGUUCACGCAGACAAACUCAGCAGAUUCUGAUUGGUUCAUCAAAACUUUUCUCAUAAUUCAGAGCCAGUUACCAAGGUGAGCUAUGAUGAAGUCCAAACACUGCAGCAGAUGAUCAACAUUGACCUGAAUGACCAGUGCGCACACAACCUCUGUCAGAAAUGUGACAAAUUAGCUGACGGUCGUCUGGAUCACGGAGAGAUUGAAGUUUUCUGCAGGGAGUUGUUACGGAGACCGGAGCUGGAUGCUGUGUUUAUUCAUUACUCUGCUAAUGGCUGUGUGCUGUCCACUGUGGACCUGAGGGACUUCUUCAAGGACCAGGGGGAGGAUGCUUCAGUCACCCACGCCCAGAGCGUCAUCCUCGCUUAUGAGCUCAAUGAAUGGGUGACGGUUGCCUUCAAUGUCAAGAAGCUCCUGUGA